AUGGCCCCACCUCUGGCUGAAUGUUUGCCAGAGAAGCCAAAGAGGUCAGCUCUGAACCAGUUGACCAGGGCCCUCCUGAGGAACUAUAACUGUGGGGUUCGACCUGUUCACAACUGGACCACCCCUACCACUGUGUAUAUGGACCUUAUUCUGCAGUCUGUCCUCGAUGUGGAUGGAAAGACUCAGAGCAUAACUACCAGUAUUUGGUACAGACAGAUCUGGACGGAUGAGUUCCUGGUUUGGGACCCAGAGGAGUUUGAUGGUAUCACUGAGAUCUCUCUGUCAUCUGAUGCCAUCUGGAUACCUGAUGUUAUUGUCAGUGAAUUCGUGGACGAAGGCAAGUCCCCUCCCAUUCCUUACGUUUACGUCAACUCUUCUGGUUCAGUGAAGAACAAUCGACCCAUGCAGGUGGUUCUGGCCUGCAACUUGCAGAUGUAUGCCUUUCCAUUUGAUAAGCAGAACUGCAGCCUCACCUUCCGCAGCUGGCUUCACUCAGUGCAGGAAAUAGACCUGGCUCUGUUGAGGAGUGCAGAGGCCAUUGCUAAUGAUAAGAGGAAGUUCAUGAAUGAUGGAGAGUGGGAGCUGCUGUCGAUUCCUUCUCACUACUGGAAAAUCCACCAUGGAGACAAAGGCUACGCUCACAUCCAGUUCAAUGUGUUGAUCCGCCGGCGCCCCCUACUGUAUGUGGUGGGUCUUCUCAUCCCCAGCAUCUUCCUCAUGCUGGUGGAUGUGAUCAGCUUCUACCUACCUCUGGACAGCAGGACACGGAUCACCUUUAAGGUCAGCAUUCUGCUGGGCUACACUGUGUUCAGAGUCAACCUCACAGAUGAGCUGCCAGCCACUGCCGUCUCUACUCCACUCAUAGGUGUGUUUUUCGUGGUGUGCAUGGCCCUGCUGAUGCUCAGUCUAAUCAAGUCUAUAGUGGUGGUGAAGCUGCUCCAUCACAGUGAGAAAGAGGUCAAGCAGUUGUCGGUGUCAGCCUGUCUAUUGGACAAAUACGCCUCAGCAGGUCAUGGUUUCACUCAAAGCACUUUAACCUCCAUCAACACUCUUGACCACGUCCACCAGUCCACAGACUAUGAUCUGGAGUGUUCAGCGGAGGAGGACCUUCUGUCCCUGAACGAGGUCCAGGACAGUCCCUCUGGGCUAGAGUGGCUUCUCCUGGAGCUGGUGUCCUUGCGUCUGGGUUUAUCCCAGGAGAACGGAGAAUCUGUGGCCCAGGCUGAAUGGCUCUCCCUCUGCUUGAGGCUGGACUGCUUUCUUUUCCGCGUCUACUUAUUAGUCCUGGGCCUGUAUACAAGCACCCUGUUGCUGCUGUGGACUAGCUGGAGCUUCGCCUGA